AAACUUUGCGAGAAAUACAGUGUAGAUGUAGAUAAGGUGUUCGGUUCUACGAACACUUAUGGGACUGUAGUUAACAUGUUCGUGCAGUUGGUGCAGCGCAUCAUCGACACCGAGAGUCUUAUAUCAGGGGCAUUCGAAUUGCAGGCAAAUGGUGAUCUCAAACAGGCCAUUGAUGAUGAAAAACGGCGAUGCAAAAAGUGGAAACACGAUCGAAUCGUCGAAGAUGAAAAAAAGCGCUAUAGAGAAAAACUUCGAGAUAUGCUUAAGGCGAAUGAAGAAUUUUCGAAGAUUGAGGCUGAUAAAUCACAUUCGCAUUUAGAUGUUGAAAAAGUACGUGCUUUGGGACGGGAGUUAAUCGGGCGGGUUUCCACAUGUCAGGAAUUACCACUGAGCAAACAAGAAUUAGAGGGUGCAUAA